AUGUCAUCACAAAAUAAAUAACUCUUAUUCUUUAAUGGAUAACAAAUUGAAAUUUUAGAAAAAAUAAAUGAAAUAGGAAAGAUUAAACUAUAUUCUGGCAUCCUAAAAACUUUAGAAAAAAAUAUUUUGUUAAUCGAGAUUAAUUUAAAUUUUUAACAUAAACAUUAAAUUUCGUUAUUUGUUAACGAUUAAGAUCAUUAUGAAUAUUAUAAAGAAAAAUUGCAAUAUACAUUUUUAAAAACAUAGAAUGAUUGUAUUUUCUAAUUAGAUCAACAUUAAAUAUAUUUUUGGAAUUAAUAUUUUUAAUAAUAAGAAUUCAAACUCUUACCAUUUGAAUAAAAAGAGCGAUUAUUUUAUAAGGUAUUUAUAAAUCUAGAAAAUUAGUAUUGUAGAUAAAAAAUUAAAUAGAAAACUUAUGAUCUUUGUUUAUUUUCAAAAGAUCAUUUAGGAAAUAUUUAAUUUAAAGGAAUAAAUCAACAACUAUUUAUAGAUAAUAAUUUUAACAAUCAAUUACAUCCUUAUACAACAUAAGAAUAAAUGUAACUUGAUAUUUAAUAAGUAAAAGAUUUUGGAAACUUAUAUUUUCAAAUACUGACUGAUAUUGAUUAUCAAUGUAAGAUUAAUUUGAUAAAUUAUAGAAUUAAACCAAAUGACAUUAGAAUAAAGUAUUUAUUUAAUCUUAAAUUCUCCAUUAUAUGAAUGGUAAAAAUAAGAGAUUAUUAAUUUAAUUAAUCCUUUAUUUGUAUAAGAACUAACAAAAUAACAUCUUUUAAAUUUAUUAAAAGAAAAUCAUUAUGAUAUGAAAAAUUAUUUCAAUCAAUAAUCUAAUUAAUAAAUUGAAAUCAUUUAUUAAUAUACACUUGAAUAAUAAUAAAUUUAAAGUUAAUUGAAUUAUCUUUAUUAUCAUAUCAAUUAGAAUAAUGAAGUAAUAUAUUAAGAAUAUUAAUAUUUAAAAAAAAUAAAUACUUAGUUUCAAAAAUUCAUUAACACAAGUUUAAUUUAAUAAACUUUUUCAAAUGAGAUAUAAGAUAUAUUUAAAUAAUAAUUAAAUGAAUUGAAUAGAUUGUCUUAUUAAUUUAAUUUCAAUUUGAAAAAAACUUUAUGUGAAAACUUGAUUUUAAAGCAUAAUAAACUUCAAAAGAAAUUAGAUACAUUUUAUUAGCCAACCUAAUUUUUAGGUUAAUUUGGAACAUUAUAAAUCAUUUUGUUUUCAAAGUUAUAACAUUAAAAUAAGAUGAUACUUUAGAAUUUAGAAUUAUAGAGUAAUAGUAAAAAUUUUAAUGAUGUUCUUUCAAUCUUAUAAUUUAAUCAAUCUUAUAAUAAAUUAAAUUAGAUUAGUUAAGAUAUUAAAUUAGAAUUUAAAAGUUAUUAGAGUUAAUUAGUAAAUUAAUUAUUACAAAUCAAAUAAUUAUUAGAAUCAAAUUUAAAAAGAAUUUAAACAAAAUUAUAAGGUGUUAAUUUAUAAUAUUUGAUGAUGGUUGCAACUGAAGAUGAAUCUGAUUAAACUUCAUUCAUACCCACUAUUUUAGAGAGAUAAUAGUUUCUUAAUAAAAUAAUAUUGGAUAUAAAAAAUGAGAAUCCUGAUGUUAUUGAUAAAUAAAAUAGUAAUAAGGUUGAUAUAUUAAGUACAUCAUAAAAAUACCAAGAAUUAGAAUAUAAAAUUAGAAAUCUUAAUGAAGUUCUAGAAGAACAAUAAUUAGAAGUGCUUUAGUUAGAAGAGAAAUUAAAAAUGAGAAUAUUAAAUUUUGUAAAUGAAUUACGUUAGAAAAUUUAGUAAUAAUUAGAAUUAUUAAAAUAUGAAUUUAAUUCUCAAUUUUAAUCAAUAAAAUUAUUCUUGAUAAAUUUUUCUAAGAAUUAAAAUCUUAUUAAUAAUUAAGAGUUUAUUUAAAGUGAAAAUAGAAUAUAAUAGAUAAUCUAGAAUUAAAUUUAUAGAUUUUCUUUAAUAGAAGAACUUUUAUAAUAAUACAAUUAGACUAAAAAAUAAUAUUUUCAUUCAAUUUCAAAGAAAAUUGAAAAAGAAAGAAUUUAUAUAUAAAAAUUGGUUAAUUAAGAGUUGAAAUUACUUAAUGAGAUAUUGAAUAAAUCUUAUGAUUCACAAGAUAAUUAAUUAAAAUAAGAGAUAUUAGAAUUUGAGUUUAUAAUUUUAAAGACAUAAUAUUCUAAUGUGAUUAAUCAAUUGGAAUAAGAGAUAUAAAAUAUUAAAUAAAAAUUUACUAGUUUGGAAGUAGCAUUUUAAGAAUAGUUAUUACUAUUAAAUAAGAUAGAAAUUUUAUGUUAAGAGAAUAAGGAAUUAAUAAAUCAUUAUAAAUAUAUCAAUUAAAAAUUAGAUCAUCUUUUAAGGAAAAUAAACGACAAAUUUGAAGAAAACAAAAAAAGAUUUUAUUAAUUUUUCAAUUUUUUAUAAGAUACUAAGGUUAAAAUUAAUGUACAGUAAGAUUAAGAAAGAUUGUGUUUAGAAAUUAAAUAAAAAAUAAUCGAAAUAUAAUAAUAUUUUGAAAUAAUAUAAAAUUAGAAUAUCGAAAAGAGUAAAGAAGAUAAGAGAAUAGAAUAUUAAAAAUUAAGAAAUAUGAUAGAGCUUAUUUAAAAGGAAAUAAUAAUAAAAGGAAAUUAGACAGAUUUUAAUUCUACAGGGUAUUAUUAAUAAUUAACAUUAAUAAUAUUGAGUAAAUUUUAUCAUUUGAGCAGAUUUUAUUAAAGAUUGAUGCAAUCUAAUGUAUUGAAUAAUAAUUAAUCAAUCCAAAUAUAAGAUUUAGAACUAAUAAAUUCAUAUAAAGAUAUGUAUGCAUAUUUGGAGACUUAGGUAGAUUAUUAUAAGAAAUUAGUGAUUGAGAAUGGUGGAUAAGUAUUUUAAAUUGAUAAUUUACAAGAUAAAUUAGAAGAGUUGGAAAAGUAAAUUGAAUAGACGACAAAUAAUUUAUUAAAAGUAAUUUAAUGCUACAUUUAGUAGCAUCUAAAUAAAUCACUUUCUUCAAUAAAAACGAUUGAUCAAAUAUAGAAAUUUACUAAUUACUUUGAAUUUUCUAAUUUCUUACCAAUUUAAUUGA